GAAUAUCUUCCCCUUCCUAAGCGGCUUUGAGCAAAUGCUCAGCAAUGCGUCAAUGUGCACUGCCGGCCGUGACAACACGUCCGAUGUGGACUUUCUCAGUUUCGCACUACAGGGCUUGGAGGCCAAUGAAACCUACAUAUUUCAGUUUUCUGUUAUGAGCCCUGCAUUUGCAGCUGAUAACAACCACUGGCAAUUUCACACAUACAAUUCAUCUGGAAACUUGUUGUUUGCAAAGAAUGUCACCGGGUUUGACAUAGUCAACGCGUCGUCGAACAACCUCAGCACUGCGGAAGCCAUGGUUUACGGACCUGCACAUGCACACAACGGCGAACUGGCAGCAGCCAUCUCGUUGAAGCUUACUGCCGCCUGCGGUGGCGAGUGGUUCGCUUCUCACGUCUUCGGCCCACUGCCGUGCCAGCUCCAAGUGCACCUGCCACCAGGCAUUUGCGGAAAGGGGGCGGCAUUCGGCGAGACUGCUACCUCAUCUUUCAGCCUUUGUCCUGACUGGAUGCUGUUCGGCCUGAAUGCAAGCGAUGCAUCAGAUGGCAACACAUCCUGUUUGACUUCUGUUUUUCAUGCUCAUCACAUAAAGGAGGUGAUGUACACCAAUCACAACGGGACAUGCGUCACCAGCGCCACAAUGAGUCCCGGAGAGUUCCUUUAUUUUCCUGCCUCCAGCCAAGCUCACUGCCAGAUGACGUGCAGCCAGAGAGAUGAUUGCUACGGCUUCUCCGUGAUGCAGCCAAUGUCCAAUUGCUUCCUUUGGCUGGACGGUCCGCUGACUACUGCUACUGGCAGCCCUCAGCCAAUGGACUGCAACAUCAAAACGAAGGAAGAUUGCCUUUUCAGCCUGACUGUUCCAGAGCUGCUCAGCAACGAGCGUUACGCAUUCCAACUUCAUCUCGAAGUGGACGAUGCUGCCGACGAAUUUCCUCCUUGGAGCCUUGUUGGUCUAGAUGGCGGUCUUUGGAGGACCUUCGAAACCGCUGCCAAUGCUUCAGCCGUGCCCACCACUUCGACCACCACAACACUUGCCAACUUAACUUUGCAACUUUUCCCCAGCGUGCUACAACCUUAUGAAGUUGGUCCAAUAUGUAUACUUUUUCGAUUGUCCUCGGACCUCUAUGGUGGCGAGAUCAGUUUACAUCUGCCUCCUUAUUUCGAGCUUCCAGAUCCGGACGAAGGAUAUGACCGCUUCCACAGACCAUUUUACAUUUCAGCAGAUCCUGUCCUUUUCCCGCUGAUCCUCCUCACGAAUGCCACAGAAGACGUGACGGCAUUGCCUUCAGGAUCAGAGGCUAUGCCUGCUUCGGAUGACGAGGGCAGGGCUGUGUUGAAAAUCGACCUGGCUGGAGAGCGACUGAUCUCCGGCGUCCUCUACGCAUUCCAGUUCGACUUGCAGAAUCCCGUCGCCGCAAAGGCAGCCGAGUACUAUCCGCUUCCACCUCCACUUGUUGAGAAUGUAACAAAUGAAACAAACAUGACCAAUAUGAGCAAUUAUGGUGAGAACGAAAGCAACACUACGAGCGCAUACGAGCCCGAGAGCAUCAACAAAUGGCGCUUUGCCACUGUCGAUGGGACCGGCCAGAUGAUUCACGGUCAGACAGUUGAUGGCUACGCACUGGAGCCGCCUGCGAAUGUGAGCAACAUAUCUUCUGGCCCAGUACAAGUGUUCGAACUGUUUGAAGCAGCUGCUUUCGUUCCCAGCUCGGUGGAUGCAGACUCGAUCAACGACAUCUGCGCCGGAUUCAGAUUGCGAAACCGGGCGUGUCUGUCGCCGUAUGGUUGCGAAAUCCACAUUUACCCACCUCCUGGUUUUCUACCGGAAUCGGAGUUCUGCGGAAGAGCCUUUCAGAGGGGAGCUGGGAAGCCGAAGCUCGUACAGCCUGAGCUCUUCGCGUUCCUGACAGGUCACGAGCAUGGCCUCGAUCCUUUGACUGCCUGUACAAUGCAGCUGAACCAGACAUCCAUGCAGACGCACAUUACACUUCUUUUGCCCCCGAGCGACUUGAUGGAUUUCACGUCGUAUGCUUUCCAGUUUACGUUGGUGAACCCGUCCCAAACACCUGCAGACAACAACUGGGCCUUGCAGCUGUGGAGCGUUGAUGCACAAGGUGGAGAACUCGAGAAGCACCUUACACACCACCAAGAUGAUGUGUCUGGGUUCGAAGUGGAUAACUCUCCAAUUGUACGUCCGACGCAGUAUGCUCGUGCAGACAAAACUGUUCGUUUGCUGGACAACGACUACGCUGUCGCCAUGGAGUUCAAGACGAGCCGUGAUUGUGGCGGCGCCGACUGGGUUGGCAGUGGCAUCUGGGGUGAUACAGUCUGCUUGAUGAAGGUGCAUCUACCUCCAGGCCGUUGUCCACCGAACUGGGCAUUCGACGCUCCAAACACCGGUUUCCUGGAGUGCAUGGACGUGGGCCUCUUCCCCGAGCUGGUAGAAACCCGGUGCCUACCUGCUGGAGCUCAAGUGGCCUUGAGAAAGAACGAAACCGGAUGCUGGUUCGAGUUCAUCACUGGGAUUCUGAGAGACACUUGGGAUUAUGCAUUUGUACUGUAUGUCUCUUCGGCCCAUCCACUGCAAACAUCGGAGAACGAGUGGACCGUGCACUUCAUCGAAAACGGACUUUCCAUGAUCAAUGCAGAAACUCUGCCGGGGUUCUCCCUUAUCUCCACAACCAGCACAUCCACCGAGCCCUUCCUUCGUGCUGCACUCUUUGCCAUGAGCGAGGACAGGUUGACGCCUCACGUCGUCUGCCUCAGCUUCGAAGUUGAAGACGAGAUUCUCGAGCAGCCGACUUUACGCCUGUACAUGCCAGAAGGCUUUCGAAGCAUUGGUGGUUCCUGCGGGUAUGCUGAAGCCAACACAACUUUUUUUCCUGAAUGCAGCGGCGAGAUGCUCGUGCCAGCAUCGGAGAUCUCUUGCCAGGAAGGGUUCGACAAGCGGCAACUGAGAUAUUACUUGCACUUGGAGGCCUCAGGUGAUGCGAACAGCUCUUCCGGCUUCGCUUUUCAAUUCCAGGUGAAGGCCCCGCGGACGAACCCAGAACAGAACACGUGGAGCUUGACACUGAGUGCUCAGACCCAGAAGGCUUACGGUCAGAACCAUGUGGCAGGCUUCAUGGUGGAGGAUCGCUGCAGCUGCGCAUAUCAGGGGCACCUACUGCCGUCAGAUGUGAUCUCCCAGUAUCCCGAUGAGAGUCCCGGAAUGUAUGGAGACUUCCCGAACAUUGGUGUAUACGGCACAAGCUGUGCUGCCUGGGACUUCGUUCCAGGAACACCGCACUACGGAAAUUGUUCUGAGAACAGCAACUGGUCCAGCCCUUUGUACAGCUGGUGCCAGCUGCCUUGGUGCUAUGUGAGCAGCCAGUGCAGCAGCAAGAUUACAUCAAGAAUAUUCAAUGGCUCCGAUCUGUAUUACAGCUACGACGUGUGUGGGCAGGCGCCGGAUUGCUAUAACCACAUGGACCAGCCGCGCUGUCCAUACGAUCCGUCUGGCACAGAAUCCUACGCCGUGCAUAAAGGAAAUGGCUGCGAGUGCCUGUACCACGGUGCAAAUCUGCCGCAGGGUGUGUACACUGAGUUUCCUUUGCACCAUCCAGGCAUGCACGAGAACUUGACCUACAUCAGCAUCUACGGCACUACCUGCGCAGCAUGGGACCAGAUGCCGGAAACCCCGGGAUCAGCAUACUGCACGAACAACGCUGACUGGUGUCAUUCGCAAUUCAACUGGUGUCAGCUCCCAUGGUGCUUCGUCGGGGAAGGCUGUUCGAGCAGGCUGGCAAUGCCUGGGUUCGGCGGAUCUGCUGCAGCUUUCUACAGCUAUGACACAUGCCUGUCGGCACCAGACUGCCGCACCAUGCCGUUUGACGAGUCGUGUCCCUUUGAUCAUGCCGAUGUGCAGCAUUGGGCAACUGCAGCAGAUUGUCCCAAUGGGUGGUCAGACGUAUGCCAGUGCAUGUAUCAAGGGGAGAUGCUCCCGCCACAAGUUUACCUGAACUAUCCCAUGGAUGAGCCCGGUAAAUAUGCACAGCUCGCGAAUGUCGCCAUUUACGGAACGUCAUGUGCGGCGUGGGACUCUGUUCCUUCUACCCCGAUGGCAGGAAUGUGCAGUGGGGCGUCUGACUUUUCCACAGCAGAACACAACUGGUGCCAAGUACCGUGGUGCUAUGUGAGUGCAGACUGUGCAUCUGCUGUUGCCUCAGCGGUGUUUAACGGCUCGGAUGUGCUUCACUACAGCUAUGAUGCGUGCGGGAAUGCUCCAGAUUGUUAUAAUAACUUCGCUGGCGAUCUCCGCUGCCCCUACGAUCCGAGUGGUGAUGGUACCUUCUCUGUGCACAAGGGUCAAGGAUGCGAGUGCAUGUUUCAAGGUGUUGAGCUGCCGUGGGAAUUGUAUUUGCACUAUCCGGACGACCAUCCGGGCAGGUUUGCAAACUUGACCUACAUCAGCAUCUACGGCACUACCUGCGCAGCAUGGGACCAGAUGCCGGAAACCCCGGGAUCAGCAUACUGCACGAACAACGCUGACUGGUGUCAUUCGCAAUUCAACUGGUGUCAGCUCCCAUGGUGCUUCGUCGGGGAAGGCUGUUCGAGCAGGCUGGCAAUGCCUGGGUUCGGCGGAUCUGCUGCAGCUUUCUACAGCUAUGACACAUGCCUGUCGGCACCAGACUGCCGCACCAUGCCGUUUGAC